GCUGUUUCACUGAAAAUGGACGCCAACAUCGUUGUCAUGGGGACAGAAAGCGUCGGGAAAUCAGCUCUGACUGUGCGCCUCUUAACCCGGAGAUUCAUCGGAGAGUACGGAGAUAUUGAAUCCAUCUAUAGCCACAGUUUGAUGGGAGAUGGUCGGGAAAUCACUCUCAAUAUUUGGGAUUCACCUUAUUCUGGGGAUUUGUCUGCGGAGACGUCACUCUUUCAGAAGAAGGUCCAGUGGGCAGACGGCUACAUUCUUGUCUACAGCAUCUGCGACAGGGCUAGUUUCAACAUGGUCGGCAGGCUCAUCCAGACCAUCAAGUCCACUAAAGACUACCUGAACGCAGACAAAGCGCCCAUAGUGAUAGUGGGCAACAAGAGGGACCUGCACCACAGGCGGACAGUGCUGAGCGAGGAGGGCUGGCUGCUGGCUCUCAAAACUGACUGCCACUUCUACGAGGUGUCGGCGGCCGAGAACUACCACAGCGUGCUCAUGGUGUUUCACGGGCUGGUGGACAGGAUGAAGGACGCCAAGCUGACCGCCAAGAGGCCUUUGGGUUUCAAGGGCAUAGUGAAAAGCAUGUCUGCAGUGUUUGCCAGGAGACGGACAGACUCCAUUUAG